AGGAGUCUCUCGUGGAUGACAGCAGGGAGCUCUGGAGGAGAUGCUGUAGCUCAGACCACCGCUAGAAGACAAACAGUCAUCCUCACAUAUUCCUGCAGAGGAGCGCGCAGGAGACAAGAGGAGCAACUCUCGUUUUUAAUAAACCACUGAAUGAGACUUUGCCAAGCGCUGGAUUUUCUUCUUCUCAGUGUGGGAGCAGACAGAAGGACAAGUCCUCUCUCUCUCUGUGUGUGUGUGUGUGUGUGUGAGAGAGAAGGAUAGCGGAGGUGGUGGAGGACGCAGCAGCAGCAGCAGCAGCGAUGACAGAGCAGCAGUCGUGCGCAGCAGCGGCAAAAUAGACCGAACUAUUGUAAGGAGACAGAAGACUGAUGAGACAACUGGGCGACAGAUGUCGUUUUUUUCCGUGUCAGUGAAAAGCUGGAUGUGUUGUUCCUGCGUUCUCCUCUUCAUCAGUCGCUGCCUCCAGCGUCUCCACGUUACUUGAGGACCUCGGACGGCUGUUGGUGAGAGGAGUUGUGCUCGUGCUCGUGCUUGUGCCGCCACCGCUGCUGCUGCAGAGACAUGUGUCCCUGCGCGGCAUAGAAGCUCUUUGUGGGCUGUUGUGCACCGGGGACAGGUGCUGCCGUGUGUGUGUGUGUGUGUGGGGGGGACACACGCGGACACACACUCACACAUCACACCCCCUGUGAGACAGUUGUCUUGGGGAUGUCAGGCCGGCGCACGGGAUCAGUUUGUAUCAGAGACAGGUGCGACAGGGCGGAGUUUUUUUUCUUCUUCCAAAGCCCGACACAGGAUCUGGUAACACACUAACGAGCCGCCGCUCUCCUCUGACCACGCGCGGAUUUUGUUUGUUUGUUUGUUUGUUUGUUUGUUUGUUGUUGUCUCCACUUCACCGGGACAAACUACUCAACGCCACAGUCGCUGUUUCCUCCGUCGACAACCAGAGACUACAGUUCUGUUACCAUGGCAACCACGGCCGCUCCCUCCCUCUUCUUGCUGUGUUGGCUCCUCCGAACGGCCAGCUCAGCGUUCCCAGAGGAACUCGGCCCCGUCAACUUCAUCCCCACUGAAGUGGUGAGAAGAUACCCGGUGUUCCUGGGCCGACCCCACCGAACAUGGCUGAGACAAGAGCCUCUGCACAUCCAGAGGAUCCUGCAAGUCAAUCGAACGCUCUACAUCGGAGCCAGGGAUGACCUUUUCCGCGUGGAGUUGGACAUCGUUGCGGGAGACGAGAUGUUCUACAGUAAGAAAAGAAUCUGGGAGUCAAACAAGAAUGACAUCAGGAUCUGCAGGAUGAAGGGCAAGCAUGAGGACGAAUGCCGUAACUUCAUGAAGGUGCUGCUCAGCAGACGAGGAGGCCUGUUUGUGUGCGGGACCAACGCCUUUAAUCCGCUCUGUGCCAACUACACUGGCGACACGCUGGAGAUGGUGGGAGACGCGUUCAACGGGAUGGCGAGAUGCCCGUAUGACCCCAAGCAUGCAAACGUGGCUCUGUUUGCAGAGGGGAAUCUGUUUACAGCCACAGUGACUGACUUCCUGGCCAUUGAUGCGGUGAUCUAUCGUAGCCUUGGGGACAAUCCUGCUCUGCGCACCGUCAAGCAUGACUCCAAGUGGUUCAGAGAGCCGUACUUUGUCAGCUCCGUGGAGUGGGGACCUCACAUUUACUUCUUCUUUCGAGAGAUUGCCAUGGAGUUCAAUUACCUGGAGAAGGUGGUGGUGUCACGCGUGGCCCGGGUGUGUAAACGGGAUCAGGGCGGCUCUCAGCGCGUCCUGGAAAAGCAGUGGACGUCGUUCCUGAAGGCGCGGCUGAACUGCUCCGUCCCCGGGGAUUCCCACUUCUACUUCAACCUGCUGCACUCCACCAGCCCCGUCAUCAGGAUGCACGGCAGGGACAUCAUCCUGGGAGUGUUCUCCACACCGGCCAACAGUAUCCCAGGUUCGGCGGUGUGUGCCUUUGACAUGGAGCAGCUGGCGUCCGUGUUUGAUGGGCGGUUCAAGGAGCAGAAAUCACCCGAGUCAAUUUGGACGCCUGUAGCAGAUGAAGUCAUCCCAAAGCCAAGACCCGGUGGCUGCGCUGUUCAAGGAUCCAGGUUUAAUUCGUCCAACGCUUUCCCCGAUGACAUGCUCAACUUCGUCAAGACCCAUCCGCUGAUGGAUGAAGCUGUCCCCUCUCUUGGACAAAGACCCUGGAUAGUCAGAACCAUGGUCAGGUACCAGCUGAAUAAGAUUGUGGUGGAUACAGAAGCCGGGCCUUCCAGAAACCGAACCGUCUUGUUCCUCGGCUCGACCAGAGGAACCAUCCUCAAGUUCUUGAUCAUGCCCAACCAGGACAACACGGUCACCAACAGCAACAUCUUCCUGGAGGAACUGGAGGGCUUCAACCCCGAUAGGUGUGCUGAGGAUUCUCCUCAGGCCAGGCAGCUGCUGUCUCUGACUCUGGACCAGAUAAGCCACACUCUCCUCCUCACCUUCCCCUCCUGUGUGGUCAGAGUGCCGGUGGCACGGUGCCAGCUCUACUCCCGGUGCAUGAAGAGCUGCAUCGCCUCCAGAGAUCCUUACUGUGGCUGGACCAAAGGAAGCACCUGCUCUUUCCUCAGACCUGGAACUAGACUGCCGUUCGAGCAAGAUGUUGAACAAGGGAACGUGGCCCACUUGGGCGACUGUGACGGAAUGCUGCUACAAGAGAGUUUCAUCGAGGAGCCUGACGGCCUAGUGUCUGUGAACCUGCUGGUGGUGUCUGCCGUCUCAGCCUUCACGACAGGAGCCAUCCUCUCUGGCCUCACAGUCUGCUGGAUUAUGAGCCACCGCCACCGUCACUCCCGCAGCUCUGGAACCAACGGCGCCCGCCGCAAAAGUGACAAAGAGCAGAGCAUGCUGGGACAGGGCCGCAGCGGCUCCGUAAUGAGCGUGACAAGAACCAGCGGCGGUGAGAGGAGACGUUCGCAAGUGGACAAUCCUUUCGUUACACCCAACGGCUGGCCUAAAGGAGACAUGGACCCAGGACUGCUGCCAACACCGGAGCAGACCCCACUGCAGCAGAAACGGGGCAUGCGUCUCCCGGACACUGACUGGGACCAGAGUCAGACCUUCCUCACCGCUGUCGGGACUCCCUGCCCCAAUAACUCUGUCAUCUACCUGAGCUCCAAGUUCCUGCAUGGAGGUGGAGGUGGUGGAGGCAUGGUCCGGAUAGAGGACCCAGGGGAGGUUAUGCUGCCCCUGCAUACCGAGCGCCAGCGCUACCUGAUCCUAGCCACCCAGAGAGGGGAGCACGGUAACAGCCGUCCCAGUGGCACGCUGAGGAACUCAGCAGGAGAAUACAUCUACCCUGCCACACCACAGGACUCCCCCGACCGACGGCGGGUGGUUUCUGCUCCCACUCCCCACAUGGACUAUGGGGAGCCUCGCUGGAGUCACGAUGUGCUCAACUACAACAGCAACAACGGAGCACCCUAUCACCCCCAGCGCCAGGGCCUCAUCAGGCCAGACAUGCAUGGACCUCGAGGGCUCGGAGAACUGGCUGACUUCAGCCAUUUGCUAGGGAAGAACAUGGGAGAGCGCACCCCCAGUGGCCAAUGAGGUGAAGUACGUGUAUGAGUCCUGACACCAAACUCUCUCUGAACACUCAUUCCCUCCAACAGAAAACUGGAAUAAGUCAACCCCUCUGACUAGCUGUCCUGGUCCAAACUACUGUCCCCCGUCUGUCCUCUCUCACUGGCAUUCAAUGUUCAAUGACGUCAUUCAGCUGGCUAAAGAGAGAGACGGAGAGAAAAAGAAACACAGAGCGUUGAAAAGAGGAGAACACUCUCCUCAUGUCUCUGUUCCUGUGCUCUUCAUCUGAGGUGCACCCCUCUCUACUGUGUUAGUGGUACAACCCAGAGAGUGUGACUUUGACACCACAGGACAAACAAUAAGGCACAGGGAGGGGUGCAACGGAAGGGGAAUCUUCAAAAGGGGCAGCGUGGUUUGUUUUGGGUUUUUUUUGGUUUUUUAAAAAGACAAUUUUGCUUGUAGCGCCAAACGUGGAAGGUCUCACCCCACCACAAUGUUCACUCUUUUGACACCAUGGAAAUUCUGCAAGUGUGAAAUUUUCUUUCUGCUUUUGUUUUUUUGUUUUUAUUUGUUUGUGCCCGUGGCAUCCAGCAGACUACAGUGUGCUUUUACUUUUUGGAUUUUGAAUGAGACUAAAACUGUUGUAGCUGUGCCAGAGGGCAGUGACUCUCAAUGAAUCAUGCAGUGUGUGUCUGUUUGUCUCGCUGUGUGAAUGUGAGAGGUCACAACAACCCCAACCAGUGUCCUGUCUUACCUGUGAAGAAAGAAUUGCUAUAUAUUGAGGUGUCUGUAAACAAUCAUAGAGAGAUCCAUAGAUUUUAUUUUCUGUCUCUCUCCAGGUGUUUACCAAUCAGAGGUUUGGGUGGUUGACCCAUAGCUUAGGAAGGGUUGAGAUUCUCAACACCUCAGCAGUGAAACUGAACAGAGCCAUGAUAACGUGACAGAGAGCAAUAAUAUGUAAGAGACAUUUAAGUAUGACGAUAAAGCCAAUUCAAUCAGAUAUUUUUUUACUAUUAUCACAGAUAUCUCAGUAGAGCAAAACUUAAACGUCAGAAAGAGCAGAGCGCUUGGGAAAAAAGGAACAAUAGCUCCCCUCCAUUCUUCUCUCCUUCGCUCUCUCACUCUCUCUCUCUCGCGCAGUAUCCCUGGAUCUGUCUGACCUGACCUGAGGCCUCCCUGGGCUCCACAGCCCGUUUGAAAAGGGGGAAUGUGAGCUGUGGUUGUCUCGCUGUCUAGCUGAGGCUAUGAGGCCUGGCCGCUUGGGAUCUACAUUCAGCCUUUUCUGCCCAACAGUGAGCCUCUUUGUGUCCCAGACUCACGAGGAGACUGCGGCAACAAAUGGCCGUUAAAGAGUCAGAGACCGAGUCAAGAAUCACAGCUUAGCAGAAUAUCAAUGAAGAGGACAGCAGCUCCAUCCGUCAUGUGAGAUGUACCAACUCUGCUGUGGGCAUCUCUAAAUGCUUCGCUCACUUGCCAGGACAGGGAGGAGCUGAGAGCUGAAGCUGGAGCCGGGGCCAGACUCUGGCCCACUGUUAACUGUCACAAUGGUCAUCCCUUGUGACUUUAUCCCUUUCUGUCUUUCAGUGUGUCUCCAAACAAAGGUGGGAUAAAGAAAACAGAUGGGUAUGGGUAGACUUGGGUGUGGAGUUACUCUUUUUCCCUCUGUCGUCUUUUGAUGUUUUCCAUUUUCGCCUCUGUUCUCAUCCCUUCUUAAUUCAGACGUAGAUCCAGAGAUAGUUUUAGUUCAUCUGGGUCAAUGUGGCGUUUUUGUGUGUGUGUCCGUCAGCUGCUGUGUGAGUCUCUUAGGGCUUAUACCAAUGAAUGUGUUGCUCAUAUUGAGUGCAACCCCUCCGCUUUGAUCAGUUUUAUUCUCAUUCACACCCUUCCUGUUUCCUCUUUUGACUCAUUAGUGUUGUGCUGCAACCCUAUGCUUGACAUUCAUAAAUCUGUGAUAACAUUGUCAGAGCCAUUUGUGGGAUAAGUAAAUACUGUACAUUAUAUCCAAACCAUUUCACAGUGCACAAAGAUGUACUGAUUAAACUGAGAUGUUGAAUCACACUUAGCUGAAGAGAACAGAUGGUAGAUACCCAGAUAAUAAACCAUUAAGUACGAAAACUAGGGCUGAGUGUUGUUUUGGAUUUUUAUGGAACCAGAAGCCAUUAUGAUAUGACGCAUUUUCAGAUUUUGAGAUAAUAGUUAAACACAUGUUCAGAAUAUACACACUGUAAUUUGUUACUUAUAACGGUGUUGUUACUCAACUGCAGCUUCAUUCUAACAUCAAAUAUUGUAUGGCGGUAGAUUGUUUUGGUCUUGAUAUCCAAACUGAAAUAUUGGCCUCAGAACUGAAGCUAAUUCGAUGGCAGACAAUAUAGCUGAUGUGUUUACGAGAAUGCUGUAACAUGAACGUGUCCAUUUGCUCUCACAGCUAUCAUUAGUUUUGUCGAUGGUCUCAUUAGACAGCUACUUUCAACAUCAAUGCUACUCAUCCAGCAGCUACCAACAGUCAAAGCCAGUCAACUCGCUUGCGAACACGGCAGCUACGUUAGCAACAUUAGCAUCUUUAGAUCCAGAUCAUUUCUUCAGGAACUGGUGGAAACCAAAAAUGGAGCUAAAAUACAAUUGAAUAUUACAUUUAGUUUACUCACGUUCAGUGACCAAUCAGUGAAUGAACGUACUUUUUUUUUUGCUAUAUAUAUACUAUAUUAUUUUCACACCAUAAGUGAAGAUAAAAUAUCAUACAAUGUAACUAUUAAGACCUUGUUUUUACAAAAACAAACUAUACAUUUCUACCAAAUACUUUUUAUUUUCUGUCUAACAGAAAAUCCAUAAAUCAAGAAAUACCUGAUCAAAGACAAAGUACAUGUGAUACCACGGCUGAGAUUUGAUACUCAGACCUAAAAAAUAUACCACUGAGAGUGUGAGGUAGAGGGGGAGACAGGGAAGGCAGUGUGAGAGAUUUAUGAAGGCAGGGACGGAGGUGGAGGUCAUGCAGAGGAACAUGAUGUCGCUGCAUUACCAACUCUCCACAUUAGUGUAGUGUAUUCUUUACAUAUAUUCCACCACGAAACAGGUCAUUAGUAUCGAGGAUUCUGAGCUUCCCAGCAGCCUGACCCGAGCCCUCAUCUUCCCCCGUCUCCUGUCUCCGCCAUGGCCUCAUAGCUCUCUGUGUGUUUAUGUGUGUUAUGUACGAAUGAGGCGUCUCCGUCUCGGCCCGGUGUGCGCAGCCAGCCGUGUCCUUGCUCUGCAUCUCCUACGGUGUUUCACUAAACAUGCUUGAUUAGGCAAAGUACAUUCCCCGGCCCUCUUAUGGCCUGACGAGCCCAUGAGAAGAUUACUGCAGACACAUCGGCACUGAGAGGGAGGGUGGUGCACGUACAACCAGCUCCUUAUACCCCUCCACCAUCAACCACCACACACACACACACACACAAAAACCAAAUAUGGGAAGCAAUUGAAUUAAGAUCAGAAAUAAAACUCACGCUUGAAAUAGCCAGACACUGGCUGCAUCUAGGAAAGGUAGAGUACAUGAUGUUAUCUCAUUAACUGCAUCAUUUGAUUACCUUAGUUGAAUAUAAUGGAGCAGUUAAGAAUUCAGAUAUAACCUCAUGCAGGUCAGUGUGUUUAUUAAAGCCAUCAUUCUCCCUCUUCUCCACAUACUUCAUGUCAUUCCAGGUCCUCCUCUGCCAACAGCUGCACCUUGUCCUCCUUCUUCUUCUUCUUCUUGUCCUUCUUUUGUCCAUCUCUUUCACGAACAUGGACGCACAUCAUACAUAUCUCUUCCUUUUUGUCCUUGUUUGCCGAUAAUUUUAAAUUGCUAAUUUUACGAGUUAGCGACAGAAGCAGGAAUCAAAGUAAUUCACAAAACCCCACUUUAUUUCAAAUCGCAUCUUUUGUUCUACACUUUCAAAAGCCACUCUAAUGGAAAAUUGCUCUCCUUUGAAAUUACUUUCU